AUGGCCGGGGGGAACCAAAGCAGCCUCUCGGAAUUCCUUCUCCUGGGACUGUCCGACCGGGCAGAGCAGCAGCAGCUCCUCUUUGUGCCGUUCCUCUGCAUGUACCUGCUCGGGGUCCUGGGGAACCUGCUCAUCGUGCUGGCCAUUGGCUCCGACCGGCACCUGCACACCCCCAUGUACUUCUUCCUCAGCAACCUGUCCGCAGUCGAUGCCUGCUUCCUGUCCACCACCGUCCCUAAGAUGCUGUGCAAUAUCCAGACCCACAGUCGGUCCAUAUCCUUCUCCGGGUGCCUGGCCCAGAUGUACUUCUUCAUGCUGUUUGUGAUUCUGGACAACUUUCUCCUCACCGGGAUGGCAUAUGACCGAUUCGUGGCCAUCUGCCACCCCCUGCGCUAUGCUGCCAUCAUGAACCCAUGGGUCUGUGCCUUGAUGGUCGGGGUACCCUGGAUCACCGUGAGUCUCAUUUCCCUCUUACACACCUUACUGGUGCUUCAUUUGUCCUUCUGUUCCAACAACAAGAUCUUUCACUUCUUCUGCGAAAUUAGCCAUAUCUUAAAGCUGUCCUGUUCAGACACCCUCCCUAAUGAAAUUCUGAUCUACUUCUUCGCAGUGGUGCUUGCUGCAGUUCCCCUCACCGGGAUCCUUGUCUCUUACUCACGCAUCAUCUCCACCAUAUUGAAAAUGCCUUCUGUGGGGGAAAGGUGGAAAGCUUUCUCCACCUGUGGCUCUCACCUGUCAGUGGUGAUUCUGUUCUAUGGCACAGGCCUUGGGGUCUACUUCAGCCCCGGAGAUUUCCAUGGGUCCGGGAAGGGCUCGAUAGCAUCUGUGAUGUACACGGUGGUCACCCCCAUGCUGAACCCCUUCAUCUACAGCCUGAGGAACAAAGACAUAAAAGGGGCCCUGAGGAAACUCUUCAGCAGGAAAACUCUCACCUCCCAGAAGUCUGUCCUGCCUAAAGUGUACCAGUUGAAGCACAAGGACUCCUCCAUGGACCUUCCUUGGUCAAAGAAUUCAGACAAACGUAUCAGCACUCCUUGCAGUGGGGUGGGCUGCCAGACCCUCGGCUCUGGGAAGGGUCUGGCAGAAAGCCAGGAGACCAUAAGCUCAGAUGGACCACCCAACACAACUCACUUUCUCUUCUACAUCCCUAAUUUCCCCUUUGGUGACCCAUUGCCACAGCUUAACCCCAUCAGCAUAGCAAUUCGCCAUCCAGAAGAUCUUAAUGUCAUUUGCAAAGUGGAAGAUGGCUGUAAGACCCUCCAUCUCAUCUUCAUCAGGGUUGCCCCAGAGGUGCCCAGCCACUGCAGGGAGGAGAAGCGGGGUGGCCCAAGAUCCAGACCCCUGGAUGUAGAGACACCCACCGCCCCCAGUACAGACCACGCUGCUGAAGAAGAGCUAACAAGUGGGUGA